AUGACGAUACUAAAUGACCCUCCGUCUACAGUAACCUUGCCCCUCCACGAUCCCACCGCUCCUUCCCCUUCGAAAAAUAUCCCCUCAACCACCUCCUCUAAUCCAAACACCCACAAUUUCUCCUCCAGAUGGCCCUCAGCCUUGGACCUGGCAGGCUCCAACCUCCCCUGCCGCCUCGAAGGUGAAGUUGCCGACCUAGUCGUCCUCGGCAACAUUCCCCCACAGAUCCGCGGAACAUUUUACCGCGUGAUGUGCGAUCCGUUCGUCCCUCCCCACCCACAAAAUGUACCCAUCGACGGUGACGGCAAUAUAUCGGCCUUUCGCUUCCACGAUGGAAUCGUGGAUAUGAAAAUGCGAUACAUUGAGACCGAACGAUACAAACUCGAACGACGCGCCAACAAGACAUUAUUCGGGUUGUAUCGGAAUCCAUAUACGCAUCAUCCAUGCGUGCGGGCUGCGGUGGAUAGUACCGCGAAUACCAAUUUAGUCAUGUGGGCUGACAAGUUGUUGGCAUUGAAGGAAGUGGGUUUGCCUUAUGAAGUUGAUGGAGAUACGUUGGAGACAGUUGGAUAUGAUCCUUUUGCUUCUGAGGGCAUUAAGUCAAAGACUUUUACUGCGCAUCCGAAGGUCGAUCCGUUUACAGAUGAACUUGUGGUUUUCGGGUAUGAAGCAAAAGGAUUGGCGACGCUGGAUGUGGUUACGUAUACGCUUGAUGCGCGAGGGAAGAAAGUUGAGGAAUUGUGGGUGAAGAGUCCGUGGUGUGCUUUCAUACAUGACUGUGCUAUUACGGAGAACUGGCUGAUACUUGUGUGUUGGUGUUUUGAAGCGGAUAUUGAGAGGAUGAAAAAAGGAGGACAGCAUUGGGCUUGGGAUUAUGAAAGACCGGCUACGUUUAUUGUGGUUCCGAGGAGGAAAUCGACGCCGUUGCCGGACGGGUGGAAGGAGGGUGAGAGCAGGUUUUAUGAGUGGAAAAAUUGUAUGCCGGUUCAUACAGCAGGGGCUUGGGAAGGGGAGGAUGGGAAAUUAUAUAUGGAAAGUUCGAGGGUGCAUGAUAAUGCAUUUCCAUUCUUCCCACCGGAUGAUGGGCGUCUGCCGAGUCCAGAUACAAAGGGAGAUUUUGCACGUUGGGAGUUCGAUUUGAGUCAACCAAGUGGGAGCAAGAUACCGGAUCCUGUGGUCGUUUUAGACGUUCCAUGCGAAUUUCCGAGAAUCGAUGAAAGAUUCAUGACAAAGAAGUAUAAUUGGGUAUUCUUGGAUGUUUUUAUUCCCAAUCAAAGUGAUGGGAGGAGUAACAUAUACCAGGGGCUCAAUGGUCUUGCGAUGCAUAAUAAUACGACGAAUGAAACGAGAUAUUUCUACGCAGGAGACGACUCGCAUGUUCAAGAACCAAUCUUUAUUCCUCGAUCAAAAGAUGCUGAAGAAGGAGAUGGCUGGGUGAUGGCGAUGGUCGAAAGAAGGAUUGCUAAUCGAUGCGAUUUGAUGGUGAUUGACACGAGAGAUUUUGAGAAGGCAAUUGCUAUUGUUGAGUUACCAUUUCAUAUCAAAGCUCAAAUACAUGGUAAUUGGGUUGAGGCAACUGAGACUACAGGGACAAGAAGUCUUGUUCGAGGGAUAGAUGAACUUGAGAUCAGUGGAAAGGGGGCAUUAGAACCUAUAGUUUAA